AUGGCCACUCCAGCUCCCUCGCUCGCUCCUGCGCCCGGUCCAGCUCCGUUGGCACCCGCAUUGGCCGCCAAGCCAGCCAUCUCACCGUCUCCCGGUCCGGGCACACCCGGCUCCGUCACCUCCAAGGAAUGGGUGAUCCCCCCUCGUCCCAAACCCGGCCGCAAGCCCGCCACAGACACGCCCCCUACCAAACGUAAAGCGCAGAAUCGAGCUGCCCAGAGAGCCUUCCGGGAGCGUCGAGCGGCCCGCGUCAACGAGCUCGAGGACCAGAUCAAGAAAAUCGAAGAUGACCAUGAGAUCCACGUCGUGCAACUCAAAGAGCAGAUCUCGAACCUUUCCCAUGAGGUCGACCAAUGUCGAAGCGAAAUGGCCUGGUGGCGUGACCGGUGCCACGCUUUGGAAAAAGAGGUCUCCGUCGAGCGCAGCGCUAAGGAAAGCCUCGUGAAGGAGUUUCGGUCCUCGUUGUCGGACAAGAAUGCCUCCCGCUCAGACAAGGCGCCCUUGACACGCAUACCCAGAGACUCAGCCGCCGCUCAAGUGGCAGUGGAAAAUAACAUGCACGAGGAGCGGGAGGAGGUGCCCCUGGGCUGUAGCAACUGCUCGAACGUGCACUGCCAGUGCAUCGAAGACGCCUUUAGCGGCAUGCCUGGCAUCGAGCGGACGUCACCGCAGCCAAAGCGUCCUGAUAACUCGAGCCAGUCUCGUGCCGAACCCGAAAUCAAGCCUGAGCCAGAGGAGAUGGAGAUCGAUUUCACAACACGAUUCGCGGCCCCCCGUCACGUCCAGGACGAUACAGUCACUAACGUCUCCUCCCCGGCCGUCGACCCUUGUGGUUUCUGCCAGGAUGGCACGCCAUGCAUUUGUGCCGAAAUGGCUGCCCAGGAAGAGGAGCGCCGCCGGCGGAACUCGUUCGAAAACAACCGUCUGGCACCCAUCCAGAACCUGUCGCAGUUCACGCCGCCCCCUUCCGACGGCGACGUGCGGUCCGAGGUGACCCUCCCACCCAUCAGUCAAGCGACGAAUCCCUGCGCCAAUGGCCCGGGUACUUGUGCUCAAUGUCUCGCCGAUCCCAGGCGGACCCUUUUUUGCAAGACGCUGGCGGCCUCCCGCCCCGCCAGCGCUGCUCCCUCCGGAUGUUGCGGCGGUAAAGGCGCCGAUGGUGGAUGCUGCAUGUCGCGCAACUCCAACCCUCAACGCAGCGGGUCAACUAAACAACAAUCCCAGACUUCCAGCUCGCGCCGCUCGGCUACUCCGUCCUUAACUCUCUCCUGUGCCGAUGCCUUCACCACCCUCUCCCGCCACCCGAACUUCUCUCGAGCCAGCGAUGAUAUUUCCUCGUGGCUUCCCAAACUUCACACUCUGCCCAAUCCAAGUCAGAGCCAGAAGGAGGUAAUGCAACCAGGCUCCCGAGCCGCAUUGGAAGUCGAAGCCGCCAGUGUAAUGGGUGUGCUACGCUACUUUGACCGGAGAUUCGCCGACAAAUGA